AUGAAAAAAUGUCCGUACUGCUUCUCUAAAAAACUGGAAAAUCUUAAUGAAACUGUUUAUUGCGAUGCAUGCCAAUCAUAUUUCAGAAGAACACCAACUGAACUUGUCCCUAUAUUUAUAGAAAACAAAGAAGUCUACAGAAAAUACCAAAAGAUAAGCGAAAGAAGAAUUCUGUGCACAGUCUGCCAAGAAAGAAAUGAAAAUGAAAAUGAAAAAUUCAGAGCAGAGGAUGAGCAAAGACUAAAAUUAAAUAAGCCAAUAAAAAAUGACACAAGAACACUUGUAAAUAGUGGCCUGUGCAGAGAAUGUGUGGAAAGAGUCAAUAGUAAAUUAGAAAGCGAUAAAAACAAAUACUACAGUGCAUAUAAAUCAUUUCUAAUAAAAAAGCGAAUAUCUGGUACGGCUGUAAUAGUUACAGCAGUGGCUCUUUCUAAAUGGACAGGUGACUUUAUUAGUUCAAUUAUCCUAUCGAUAUACAUGAUAAAAGAAUUAAGAGGUAUGGAAAGCGUAUUAAUAAGUUUUAUAUUCUGUUUUAUAUCUUAUUUCCUAAAAUACUCCGCUGUGGUUUUUUCUGUUGUAGUGUUUAUUUGGUUAUUCACUCGCAGGAGGUGCAAGGAAAUAAUUUAUCUUAAAUUUAAUUUGGACGUGGAAAGGAUCCAGAAAGAUAUUUUAAGAAAAAUCAAAGGAUUGCACAUAGGAAAAGCAAAAGAAUCAAAUGAGACAGAAAAUUUAAAAGGAAGAAGUUUUGUUCAUACGGCGUAUAAUCAGCACAUACGGCAGAGUGAAGAGCUUGAUGAGAUAGCAAAAGGAAUUGCUUGUCUAAAAAUAAAAGACACGUGGUAUGGAAAGGUUGACAGAUUGGUAGAAUGGCUUGCAACAACAUAAACAUAACCCAAACAAGAGAAAAUCAGUAAUUAGUAAUAAAGAAGAG